CUGUCACACUGGCCCAGCACCUAUUUAGUUCUUUGUUUCAUAAAUUAAAAGUUAUUUUGCACAACAGGUAAGAUGAAUAAAGCAAAGGCAAUUUGCAGUGCUAAAAGAAUCUCUCCUAUAGUAUGCACUCAAGGCUGCACCCCAGAUCAAAUAACUGUCUGGAAAUUCAUAUACAGAACACAUAAGUCUUAGUGAAAAGUCAAAAAAGAGUACAGAAAAGGUAAAUGUCUUUCUUGGGAAACCUGCUAUCUAGAGAUUGAUCUUCCAUAAAUACAUCCCCUAUUCUGGAGAACUACAAAGAGUAAAAGAAACAAUUAUGCAUUUCUGUGGAAGCUGAAAUUAGAUGUUCAUUGCCUGUCAUCUCAAGGGAGUUCAUAUUUAUUCUGUUGAACAUUUUACUAACACCAGGAAAAUAUUAUCUUUUCCUAAACAUUUGUCCUUUGUCAUGUUGCCAAAGCUUUACAGAAUGAUGAAUUCUUUAGUGAUAGCAGUGCUAUUAUUUCUCAUUUCUAAUGUAAGCAAUUUUUUGGUGCAAAAUUGAGACACCUCAUAAUGAUGUUCUAAUGAGACCUAAUGCCUGCAUAUUUGAACAUAUGGGAAAAAAGUGCAUGAAGCAAUAUAAAAAAUCAUUAUUCCUGUGGUGAAAGUAGGCAAUGCUCACAUCAAUCACUCAUACCAAUAGGGCUGCAUGUAUACGUGACAGUGACGUCCACAUUGUAAAUAAUAGGCAAUUGCACAGGUGAAGACAGAAGUUCAGCAGGAACCAUCUGAGGCUGCAGCAGAUGCAGUGGCAUCUGUGCUGGUACUGCGAGGAGCUCUGCACUUGGAAUAGCAAUGGGCAAUGCAAGACAGAAAGCUAGUGAAUUUAUGUGAGAAUAAAGCAGCAAGUAGAGGGUAGAUAGUUGCCAUAGCUCAGUUAGACUUCCCUAUAGGCCCUUCUGAGAUAUCUUAUAGAAGGACAGAAAUAAAUUUAAACUACCAUGACUGAGAAACAAAGUAUAUGAGUCAAAACUGUCUGGGAGACAGGAAGAAAGAGUAGGAACUAUUUUUUUUUCUCAUACUUGGCAAUGUAGGUGUAGUGAGGUUUCUAACAUGGAUGUGAAGUCAUACAUAGUUAAAUACAUGUACUAAAGAUGAGUAAGCUGAGACCUAGCAACUGUCGCAGAUACCAUAAGGUUAAGCUGCUCAGUGCAGAUCAAGGAAUGUCUAUGAGGUGCUUGCAGAGGAUCCAAGUGUAGUCUAAGCAAGGAUCUAGGGAAGCAGAUAAAACAACAAGCAGAGUUCAAUACCAGCAUCAGAAGAGUAAGUUACUCCUGCACUUCUCAAUGAUGGGUUAGUUAUCAUCAGCUCAGGCAAGUGGGCUGGGUCCUGCUCUGGGCAGGCCAAAGACAUAGUGGCUGUAGUGGCAGCUGCAUCCCAGCAAACCUUAAAGUAUGGACAAAGAAGACCAUGAUCAAGAGGAUGAUGCAGUGCUUUGAUCUUAUCCGUGAGAUGCCCCCUAUGGGAUACUCAGCUCAUCCCAAUCACUGCAUUUCAAAUGGAUGUUGUGGGAUUAGAGGAUGGAGAGGAAAAGGAGAGGGAUAGAAAAAAAAAAUAUACUGGUCUCUUGGUAGCAAUUUAAAAAGCCAUGAGUAUUGUCUUAACAAAAAAUAGUAACCUGCUGAAUCAAGAAAAUUUUAGAGAGGUAUGGUUUAAGUGUUUGCAUGAACCAUGAGCUGGAACAGGUUAUCCCAAUGAGUUUACUAUCUAUAUCUGUUGAAAUAUACUAUCUUGGUCAUUUUUGGAGGCAGAACACUAUUCAAAGAGGAUACUCAAUCUUAUCUGGCCCGACUGGGUUUAUGUAACAAUAUUCCAACAAACCUAUGAAUGCUAGGCCUGAAAAGGAAGGAGUGAGGCUUUUGAGAGAGCAGUUUGUAGUGGAAUAAUGAAAAGGCAGGGGAUACUUCAGGUCAGUCCCAAAGGGCACUGCAAGAGCCAUUCAGUAAUAGAAAUCAUCCAUUGUCACUCAGGCACAAAUAUUUUGAAAGGAAGAAAUUCUGGACAGAUUCAGAAAAGCUGCUGGCUUAACAUUCUGAUGAGAUUUCCAUAGGGAAGUCACAGUAUUUGCAAGGUUGCCAAUUUUCAAGCAGUUCUCUCUCAGCCAAUUUAUUUGUUUCCCUCCCCACAAUACUAAACAUGAUUAUAUCAUAUUAUGAAUGUAUCACCUGCCAAAUUUCAUCUCCUGUUAAUCAUACUGAGCACUGUUGCCUUAUAAAAGAGUCUUAAAGUGAUUAAGCUGUUUACUCUGUGCCUAUGUACAGAGGAAAAAAAAGUCUCAUCAGCUUAUUUGGAGUACUAUUUAUCAAGGCAUCCUAUUUUAUCUUUUCCUCCUCUUUUUGCAGUUGAUUUGUCACACUUCAAAGGGAAAGGCUGUAAAAUAAAGCAGUGGUUCCACUGUUGUGGAUCACAUGGAGGAAGUGGAUAAUAUAACACUAAAUACACCCCAGCUAGACAGGAAUGUGCAGAUCUCUGUCAUUCGCAUCUUACUGUUCUCACUUAUUCAUUCAUGAUGUGACUUCUGGUUGAGAAAAUCAUAAAACAUUUAAAGCACUAAAGCAGCUCAACUGGUGUUGCUAAAAUCGCAGAGAAGGGCAGGCAAUGAAGGUUAGAGCCUCAUGUGACACUUAGAUGUCACCCUUCUGGCAUCUGUACUCCACAGAAGCAGACAAUAUUUUGCAGCCCAAACCAGUGUGAUCUGUCCUAUGAAAUACAGGUUUGCAGACUAAGUCAAUAUUUCAUUUUACUUAUUCAUAUAGUAUGCAGUCCUCACAUAAAUUCCCCAGAUUGGGUUUGGGCUUACUUUAUCUAAUAUCAGACAUCUUAAAUGUCACUGUUUACAUCAAAGGUAGUCUUAUAAAAUCCCUUUCUAGUGCACAGAGAAGAACAGAAGACUCAUCCUGAUGCUGAUUUUUAAAAUAGUGCUAAUAAAUCACAUACCAGAAUUUUCUAGUUGUCUCCAAUUAUAAUGAAGAACACCCAAAGCACUAACUCAGAUAUCUAUAUACAAUCAUCUAACAUUUGGUGAGCUGCAUGUUAUCCUCAUGUCUAAAAUGGAAGACCUAUCAAAGAGUGUAAAAUGCUAGAGACCAGGACUGAAACAUGUCAGUUAAAUUACAUCUUAGAUCAGUAAUAGAAGAUUGGCAGGGGAACCAAUUUUCUCUGAUUGACUCCCAUUGAAAGAGCAGAAAUGGCAUAUAUUAUGAAAAGGAAUGUGAUUGUUCUCUACCUUAGUUAUGCAUUGUGAUAUUUCACCAUACACAAUCCCAUUAAGUGGGUCAUUGAGUUGGUAUUGUAGGCUUCUGCCCAAGAUCUCUUACUCGUAAUGAUGUGCGUGACAGUUUAAUGUUUAGAGCAGAGAGAUAAAAACUGCAUGUAAAACUAAUUAAAUAUUUCAAGGUGCUAGUAUUGACUUUGGCCUUGAGAUACUGCUGUUACAAACUAAUUUUCUAAAAGUCAAUGCUUACAAGGUUCCUCAGGAAAGAUGCAUAGUUUAUGAAUUUUAACAGGCCAAAACUUUUGGGAAAUACAUCUGAGGACAUCAACAAGAAAAUAAUUCCCCUCAGAGAUCAAAUAGCUGGACAUACUCAGUUGUGCUCCUGACUUUAACAGUGGCUUCUUCUGAAGACAUAGAAAAGCCAACUUUGGAUAGUUAUGACAUAAACAGUCCGCACAGGAAAUUUCUUUUUAAUGUUUGUUUUUGAUAGUGUUUGGGAAAAUCCUUGUUCAUAAGCACAUAUAAUACAGGAAGAUAAAUUAUAUUUAAUUUACAAUUUUGCCCCUAGUCACAUGAAUCUAGAUGAUAAAGUUAUUUGAAGUGGUGCACUCAUGUGAACUAUGCCUAUAUUACCUGCAAAUGAUGGUCCCAUGACUGCCCCAGGAGAUGAAUUGCCUCUUUGCCUCAGGGUGAGCUUGCAGGCAUGGCCUGAGGUACAACUGGAGCAGCAUUUCCAUCAUCUGUAGGAUCAUGUAUGCCCAGGCCAGCCAAGAGGUAAGUCAAGAGAUGCAGGAAAUGAAACAAAUCAGGCUCAUAAACACUCCAGAGUUUCUGUUUCAACAUAGCAUAAACGUGACUUUCAAUUUCAGACAAAUUCAUAUCAGGUAAUCAUCAGGAUCCUUAUGGGCCUGCUCAUUAAAUACUGAGGGACAGUAUGUUACAACAUAUGAUCUUUCUGAUUCAUAUCCCAAUAUCACUGCCUAAAAAAUAGUAAAAGAAAAUUAUUAGGAAUUUUUUUUUCCAAGUUUUUAAGCGGAACAUCAAUAGUAGCCUGGCAUGCCAGAGUUUGAAGAUGACAAGGAUGACAUGGAGAAUAAAUAUGUAGAAAUAGGAUCAUCAUAGGAUCAUCAGAACUGUCAACUCUCACAUUAGUGUCUGAUAGGGACAGAAGAUGUGCACAAGAUGCUACUUUACAGCAACUUGCUUUUCAGCAUCUGGUUUUGCACUAGUUGAAGAUGCUGAUGACUUUUUUUUUUUUUUUUUAAAUAAAAUUGAAGACAUGACUGCAUAUUGUCCUUAGAGUUUGAUGGGUACAUCAAUGUCAUGGUGACCUUGUUCAGUUGUUCUCAGAACGGACUACUGCUCUGAAAGAUCUCAGCCACUUCAUCUAUUAGUUUGAGCAAUCUUGCUCUCUCUUUCUGAAUAAUUCUAUUUUUAUUGUCUUUACCAUCUUAUUCAGGUCUCCCCCUCUUUGUCAAGGUCAGUCAAGUCAAUUAAGGGAGAAGGACAGAAAAACUGAUUAGCAUAAGAGGGUGUUAUAAUAAAUCACGGAUGGCAGAAAUCCCAAAAGAUGCAUCAGGAAGAUACAUGGCAUGUUGUAGGGGACUGCGGUGGGUCUGUGGAUUCCCUGACGGAGGGUAUGGGAACAAAGAUUAGCCUUGAAGAUAUUAAGGUCUACCCAUUAGAAGGAUGGGAGUAGAGGAGUAUCCGAAGAUAUUAAGGUGUACCCGUGAGAAAGAAGGGAGUUAAAGAGUAACAUUCACAAUAGCAAAAUUAGCCAAUGAUAUGUUACUAUUGCAGCCUGUAACCAGUGACAAAAAGACACAAGAGCUGGUAAAGACUAUAUAAAAAGGUGUUUGUGGCAAUAAGUGGAGACUGCUGUUUGUACAUAAGAAGAGCUUCGUCUAUGUCAUUUGUCCAUCCCAAUCACGACAGCAUGUUAUUGUACAUGUCCUGAUUAUUUAUUUGUAUGACAUGUAAGACAACUGUAUAAAAGAUGAAUGAUUUAAUUACUCCUUGUAAUUAGAACUUCACAGUUUUUCCUAAUUAGACUUUCUCACAGAAUAUUCAUAAGGACAUUUUGGCAAAUCUGACCUACAGGGACAGAGAAAGUGAGCGUUAAUUUCAGUUUUUAUGGGGAUCAAUGAAAGGAGAAAAGGAGAUCACAAAAAACCUGCACUUCAAACUAAGCUCUUAAUUUGUUAGACAGUACUGCUCAAAUCUACAUCACUCCAUCUUACAUCUAACUGCAACGCAGUUACAGCUCAUGUGAAUCAUAUUUCCAGAAAUGCUACACUUUUACAUUUCCAGUUUGGAAAAUCAGACAUUCAGCACCUUUGAAAAGCUGACCUUCCACAAAUUACUUCCAACCUACAUUUUUCUGACCCUUAUUUCAUGCACCCAUUAAUCUGGCUGGACUUCACGCUGCUAUGCUGAUCUGGCCUUCUAGGUGGAGCAUGGUUAGGUAUCUCCAAACCAUAUUCUCUUCUUGGCUUCCAUGCUGACUCACGUGUACCGAAGACCAUAAAACAUAAGCCCAACUUCAAUAAAAUCAAAACAGUUGCUUGUUUUCUGUGUUUCUGUUGUUUUGGUGAUCAGUUUGAAUGUGCUAUACAGACUAAAAGUUUCAUUCAUUAACCUAGAAAGCCUUAUUUAUUAAUCUAUGAAGCAAAAAUGUAUAUCACAAGAAUGACUUAAUCUACGGGUUAUUCAUGUCCACGUAAGGAAAUACGUAAUUGCAGCCCUUUUUUGUUACCCACUUAGACUGUAAUAUCAGUGUCUGACUGAUUGUUAAGUAGGCUUGACUACUGGCUAGUUUUAAUUUCAAACCAAAUCUUCCACCGGUAUCUUUUCUUAUGCAUUGCUACAGUGAAGAUCAUCACAGACUGCAUAAAAAGUGAAACACAGAAGACUCACUGAAAAAACCCAUCAUGACAGAUUAAGACAUGAAUUAACAGCUGAAAAAAAAGGUAUAUUGCUUGUUAGGUGCAAUUAAUCAGCCAUAUUUUUCUGGCCAUAUUUUGCUAGUCAUCUGCCCAGAAAUGUAUCUGGAAUAAUUUAAAACUUCCUUGAUUUUCCUGACAAAAUCUUUUUAACAAAUACAAGCAUUACCAUUGUCAUUACAAGUCACAUAGGUCAGGGACCCCAAUGUGUGCUGGCACUACCUCUUUUGGCUUCUCUUAUUCUCACCCAUUUAGCUUUCUGGACUGUCUCAGUCACUGAGGAUUAACAUCCCACACAGAGAUGGGAAUAGUUGGUGGAGCUCAGGCCAGGAAAAGGUGUACAAUAUGCCCUGGCCUGUAGGUGCCUGUUGUGCUGAUUUGACUGAAAGUGAGUUAAUUUUCUUCAUGCAGUUAGAAACUAUUCUUUUUCAUAGCUAGCAUGGUCAUUGUUUGGAUUUAGUUUGAGAACAAAAAGAUAACAACCCAGGACAGAAUAAUGUUUCUCUUCAAGUAACUUUCCAGUGUUUUUGAGUUGGAACAAAGACAAUGUAAGAGCUUACUAUUAUCUUAGUUGUUGUCUGGGAGCCAAGGCCUUUCUGAGCUCUCUGCCUGCAUGCAAGAGGCAGCUGAGAAGGGGGAAGAGAUGGGGCAAACCUUGACUGACAACUAGACUGAUUAAUAAAAAUAUUCCAUGCCAUUAGCGUCAUGCUUCAUAUUUAAGGAGUCAGAUUUUCUAGCUGCAGAGAUGGAGACCAGUUCUGGUUCUGCUCCAUUUUGACUGAGUUUUGUUCAGGAGUUCCUUUAGUUCAGCCUGUUGCCAUUCUGCCAGUUUGCAUCUCUCUGGGAUCAGCUGUUCAGGGACAGGGUGUUCUCUUCCUGAGACUGGCUGCUCAGUGUGGACAGAGUUAAUGAGGAAUUGCAUUGAGUAUCUUUUAUUUUACAUUUUAUUUUCCAUUUAAAAUAUAUUAGCAGUAGUGGUAUUUUAGUGUUAUUUUGGUAAUUUAUUAGACUGUGUUUAUCUCAAUCCACAAGUUUCUCCCUUCCCUUUUGAUUCUCUCCACUAUUCGGGGGAGUGAGGAUUAGUGAGCGAGCAGCUAACAUUGUUGUGAUUGCUAGCUCGAGUUAAACCGUGACACCUAUGUAGGUAGGCUGCCACAGUUCUACAGAGGUUCAUAAAUGCUGGAUAUUACACUGCACACAUUUGGCAUAACUUGAAGCCCAAAGGGCAAAGUAUACUCUUAAUACUCCUAGAAACUUUAAAAAUGUUCCUCAGAUGUUACAGUAAGGACUGAGAUUUCUUUUAAAAGCUGUAUUCUAAAGGCAAACAGUUUGUUAUCUCUCUUCUAAAAGGACCCCUUACUUGACAAUAAUGCUUUGUGCAUUGGUGCUAAUCUUUCAUUGACUGCUCUUGCUGCUACUUUUAAAGCUCUAGGUCUGAGUUUCAUUUGAAUUUUAUUUUCCCUCCGAGAUGCAAGCCCUUUCCAGCCUCUCAAUGGGUCCAUCUUCUUUUACAAUGUCUUUCAAAUGGUUUAAUUAGAUUUUGCUUGAGUGGAAUGGUAUUAUUGAAUAGUCACUAAAGGUCAAGACAUAACUCCACCAACCCUGCUGGAAGCACGUUUGAGGUCAGAUGGUUUAAACUCUUUUUUUGGCAGAAGACUCCAUCAGUUUCAGUGAGAAUCUUGCAUGUGAGAAGAGAGAGAAAUUAGUUCCAUAUGUUCUUGUAAGAAGGAUGUCCUGCAAAGGCUACCAAUCUGUAGUGGCAUAAAUGAAUAAUGUUGAAAAUCACAGAUUUCCUUCCAGCAGAACCUCUGGAGCUUUGGAAAAUCAUCAGGGCCAUUUGGGAUGGAAUAAUCUGAACAGAAGUCACAAAAGAAGAAAGUUUUCUGGUAAUGUUCCAGUAACAGAGACAGGAUAUUUCAGUAGCCUGUGAAAAUGGGGUGACAUUAAAAGUUCACUAAAAUUUCAAAAGUCGAGACAGCGAUUUUGUUUCAAAUCCAAAUUGAUUUUAUUCAGAACUAUACAUUCAUCCCUAAUUACUCUUCAUUGAGCAGAACAGUCCAGAGCUUCCAAUACUGAGAGUGAAGUUACUGACCCUUCUUGACCUGCCACUUCUUCACAAUAUGAACCUCAUCUCAUCUCAUCUCAUCUCAUCUCAUCUCAUCUCAUCUCAUCUCAUCUCAUCUCAUCUCCCUGCAUCUCAGUUUUUUCUGCACCACAAAACGGUGGUCUUUCUGUUCUUGUAGAAUGGACCACACAGUGUUUUCAUGUCUCAGGUUUGAUGGCAGAUUAUUAAAAAUACAAGUCAGUGGAAUUAAUUACACAUUAAUUAUUCACUCAAUUGUCAAUUAUUAAUUAUCAAAGGACUUGUUUUACUCUAAGUUGAAAUUGAUUACAGGGUAUUUUAAAAUAACUAUCAGAAUCUUAUGACUCUAUCAAUUUUUGCAGCACUUUGUUUUACAAUUCAGUUUCAGUGGAAUGUAAUUUUCAAACCUGUACUUCAGUAUGCUUAGCAAUAGAGCAGAUACAAACUUUGCAGCCAAAUGCUAUAGUGAGAUUCCUCAGCAACACACACACAUGGUUAAGAGCUUUUUGCUUUUUUUUCAUGGAGGAUUACAUACAGCCUGAAAUAUUUGGCUGGUGUGAUCUGCCUGGUUUGGUCCCUGCCUCUUAAAAGGAAUGCAAGAAGUGCAUACAGAAGCACUGUGUAAGUUGCCCGGAGUCAUUCCUGGAGCUAAAGCUACAUCCCACCAGACAACUCUUGUAAACAGGACAUGUGCAAAUCUGUGGGAUCAUGGCUGAAUUCACUUCUUUGGCUGCUCUAUAAGGAGGCAGUGGAUCCACCAACUAAACUGAUUUUGCAAGGUGCCAAGCUAAGUUAAGCACUGUAGAGUAAUGCAAUUAUAUUUCCUGGUGGCAAUUAUAUUUCCUGGUGGCAUCAUUACCAUUACUCAGAGACAACUUGAGAAUAUCUGAUUUAGAACUGGGAAAUAUUUCCUUUGGAUAGUAUUGUGCAAGAAAAUUGUUAGAAAAAAUAAAGUAUGCUGCUAUGAAAUAUAGGCUGAAGACGAGGUAAAAUCAGUAGUAUGUGCUGAUAGAAAAUAAUAAUAAUAAAAAAAAAGAUAAAAGAUAAAAUCCAAAUUAAAUUAUCUCCUUUGUUUGAAUUGAACAUUUCCUCAAUAUCAACAUGUUCUGACAAAACAUUUCAGUUUUGCCAAAAUUGCAUUUCCUGGCAGAAAUUGACUUCAUAAAAAGUUUUUGACUAGCUUAUGUGUGUCUGCUAAGUGAUUUCUUUUGUGUUUGUGGUUUUCAUCCCCUGUGGAGUGAACUUUUAGUGAGCCUCAUUCAUUCAUCUGCCCCACAAUAAAAAAUGCGUGGCUAUUUUAAGCACGUUGUAAAGUGGAACAUGUCACUUGGCCAAGCUGCCCUUUCAGCAGUGUGGGCCAGGAAUCCCUCUCUGCACCUACCCCAUCCCUAGCCCCACCGUGGUUAGGGGCAGUACCUCGGGAUGCAAGCCCAAAGAGAGCAUGUAUGAUGUGCCUCCUUCUGGAGAUGUUUGCAACUUCAGCUCACCCACAGCAACUGGGAUGACUCAUAUAAACACAUAUUCAUAUUUCUGUUUCUUUCCCCUUCACAAUAUCUUUCUUUCUGAGAUGAAAAUCAGUAUCUCAGAGCUGAGCACUGAACCAAUGAAACCACCAUAAAAGGGAUCAGCUGCCAGAGUCCAGAAAGGGUUAAGGCAGCAGUUGGAGAGGUUUGGGGUGACGUCGUUCUUCUGGAUGCCUGAGAAAUCUCUUGAAGGUAGUUCCACUCUGGUGAGGAUGGGAUUGAGCUGAGGUCUGAAAUCUGAGAUCCCUUGCAGCCUGAAGCUGGUGAGGUCCCAGUAAAAGCUGUUUGUCUGCUUACUCUUCCUGAGCAGUCACACUGCUGCGCUGGUCUGGGCAGUAUGGAUCGAGCCCCCUGGACCCAUGUAGGACUCGCUCUCCUCCAGCUCCUGCUCAUCUCCUGCUUGCCAAGAGAGUACACAGUGAUCAAUGAAAACUGCCCGGGUGCCGAGUGGAAUAUCAUGUGCCGAGAGUGCUGCGAAUAUGACCAAAUCCAGUGCAUCUGCCCAGGACAGAAAGAAAGAGUGGGCUAUACCAUUCCCUGCUGCAGGAAUGAGGAGAAUGAGUGUGACUCCUGCUUAAUCCACCCAGGCUGCACCAUUUUUGAGAACUGCAAGUCCUGCCGCAAUGGCUCCUGGGGAGGGACGCUUGACAACUUCUAUAUCAAGGGCAUCUACUGUGCAGAGUGCAGAGCUGGCUGGUAUGGAGGUGACUGCAUGAGGUGUGGACAGGUUCUUCAGGCUUCUAGAGGUCAUAUUUUGCUGGAGGGUUACCCACUGAAUGCACGAUGCGAAUGGACUAUUCAUGUUCAAGCUGGAUUUAACAUUGAAUUAAGAUUUUACAUGCUGAGCCUGGAAUUUGACUACAUGUGCCAGUAUGACUAUGUGGAGGUCCGUGAUGGGGACAAUUUGGACAGCCGAAUAAUUAAGAAAUUCUGUGGAAAUGAGAGGCCACCUCCCAUACGAAGCACUGGGUCUUCACUCCAUGUCUUCUUCCAGUCUGAUGGAUCCAAGAACUUUGAUGGAUUUCAUGCUGUCUUUGAAGAAAUUACAGCUUGCUCUUUAUCUCCGUGUCUUCAUGAUGGAACAUGCAUUCUAGACAAAAGCAGUACCUACAAAUGCGCCUGUCUGGCUGGCUAUACGGGGAAUCGCUGUGAAAACUUUCUAGAUGAAAAAAACUGCUCAGAUCCUGGUGGGCCCCUCAAUGGCUACAGAAGAGUAGUGGAAGACACUGGGCUCUUGAAUGGACGCUAUGCAAAAAUUGGCACAGUCAUUGCUUUCUUUUGUAACAACUCAUAUGUUCUUAGUGGGAAUGAACAGAGGACUUGUCAAGAUGAUGGAGAAUGGUCAGGGAAGCAGCCAAUCUGCAUAAAAGCCUGCAGAGAGCCUAAGAUGCCUGAUCUGGUGAGGCAGAAAGUGCUUCCAAUGCAGGUUCAGUCAAGGGAAACACCUUUGCAUCAACUUUACUCAUCUGCAGUCAUUAAGCAAAAGCUUGAAAUCUAUCCAACCAAGAAGCCUGCACUGCCAUUUGGAGACCUGCCCCCAGGGUACCAGCAUCUGCACACUCAGCUUCAGUAUGAGUGCAUUUCUCCUUUCUACCGCCGCCUGGGUAGCAGCAGGAGAACCUGUUUGAAGACAGGAAAAUGGAGUGGGAGAGCCCCUGUGUGUAUUCCAAUCUGUGGAAAAGCAGAAAACAUCACUCUUCAGAAGACAGUGACCUCUAUCAGGUGGCCCUGGCAAGCUGCAAUCUAUCGGAUGGCCAAUGGGGUGAAGGAGAACAGUCUCCAGAAAGGGGGCUGGAUCCUUAUCUGCAGCGGGGCCCUGGUGAAUGAGCGCACUGUGGUGGUGGCAGCUCACUGUGUCACUGACCUUGGCAAGAUCAUUGUGCUCAAGACAGCAGAGCUCAAGGUAGUCCUAGGGAAAUUCUACAGAGAUGAUGACAGGGAUGAAAAGACCAUCCAGAACCUGCGGAUUUCUGCCAUCAUAGUGCAUCCCAAUUAUGACCCUAUAUUACUUGAUUCUGACAUAGCUAUCAUAAAACUCUUGGACAAAGCCAGAAUCAGCAGUCAUGUUCAACCCAUUUGCUUGUCAUCUUCUCAUGACUUGACUUCAUCUGCAGAGUACUUAAAAAUAAUGGUUACUGGCUGGAAGGUAUUGGCUGACAUUAAAGAUCCCGGAUACAAGAAUGACACAAUCCGCAUGGGAGCUGUUCAGAUGGUGGACUCACUGUUGUGUGAGCAACAGUAUGAAGAUAAUGGAAUACAAGUCAGUGUCACUGACAGCAUGUUCUGUGCCAAACAAGACCACACAGCCUUUUCUAAUAUCUGCCCUGCUGAGACUGGUGGGAUUGCGGCCAUAACUUUGCCAGGAAAAGCAUCUCCUGAGCUAAGGUGGCACCUGAUGGGAUUAGUGAGCUGGGGUUAUGAUAAAACUUGCAGUCUAGAACUCUACAGUGGCUACACCAAAGCUCUUCCCUUCAAAGACUGGAUUGAGAAGAACCUGAAAUAGAAAGCUUUGUCUGGAAAUGGCAUUUUAUUAUUAUCAUAUCCCUUUCAGUCUCUGCUGCUUUAGGCUUCUCAUCCCAGUGAUGAGCCAUAACUGGGAUAAGGUUAAGGCAGACAGCCUGGCUUUUGUCCUAGGAUCAGAUGUUCCAUCAGGCUACUUUUACUUAACCCAUGACAGAAUGUCUUAGUGCAUGAGAAGUUUUGCCAUAUUUUCCCUGUCUCCCCUGGUGGUAAGAUGAUGCUCUGAGUUUGACAUACAGAAACAGGACAGCAAAUCUGACUGAAAUUAAUCUGUAGUGUGGAGUCCCCUAGAGAAACUGAUGGUAAGCCUCUCCCAAAGACUUGUGUGACUGAGUGGAUUAGGAGGCUGGAAAAAGUAGCCUGAAUUCAUUACAAUGAAUGAGCUUGUUAUGGUAUAUUCUGUCUUGAUUGCCAUAGUACAAUGUAAUCUUUUUCCCUUCCAAGUACUUUACACAUUUAAAUAAAACAUGGUUUGUUUUUU